AUGGUAGACCCAAGUACAGCACGCAAUUAUUCUCCUUCCCGCAAUAGGCCGCGCGUUAAGCGCGCCGCUAUCGCCUGCGAACACUGCCAUCAGCGUAAGACUCGCUGUGAUGUGAUGCAUGGGGUUCCCUGCACAAAUUGUCGUCUCGAUAAAGUCCACUGUACCAAGCGGCCCCCUAGAAAUGCAACUGGGCGCAACCCACGAGGCAAAUCUCAGAGACAGGCCUGUGACGGGCCAGCACAUCUUGCUUAUGGAUUAUCUCCCAGUGGUGAGCAGGUGUCAGAGACAUCUGCGGUCCUUCCUGCCGGCCCAUCUGCCCUAACGAGCGCCUUAACGGUGAACAUCAAUCGGCUACCUGUUGCCUAUUACGCAUUUGUGGACCUGUCGCCAAUCGGCCACCUUCCGGAAAACGAAGUGCUCUUCUUGGAAUCUCAAGGAUGUCUCCACUUGCCCAGCCGGCCGGUCGUGGAAACCCUGCUCUCACACUAUUUUCUCUAUGUCCAUCCUACUCUUCCGCUUGUCGACGAGAGCUGGAUGUGGCUUGUGUAUCGCCAGGCGGAUCAGCACAAGGGAGAAUUACCUCUCCUCUUGUUCCAUUCCAUGCUUUUUGCCGCUGUACCUUUCGUUCCAGAGUACGUCGCAAAGGAAUGUGGCUUUCCUUCAUUACUGACCGCACGCGACGACUUUUACCGCAAAGCCAAUGUAAGUGAAACCAUGAUAACUACUCGGCCGACAGUUCAUAACGAGACCCAGAUGCUGUACACACAUAUGCCGGACAGUGACCAUAUCACCAUUAGCCAGUCGGCCCUCCUGUUGAGCUACUACAACACAAGCAGUGACGCAAUGUGCAACUCUACCUGGUUGUCCGUCGCGAUCGAGCACGCCAAGGCCGAGAGUGCCCACCGGUACGAUGAAUUAGGCACUGUCACCGACAAAAGCCGAGUGAUGCUGAAACGUCUGUGGUGGUGCUGCGUCCUGAGGGACCGGAUUAUCUCUCUGGGAAUGCGUCGAACCUUGCAAAUCAGCCCUGAUCAAUUUAACACAGUCGGGGCGGCCAUCAGCCUGACGGACAUGCAGGACGAGUUGGGCGGCUCCGAAGUCUACCAGGCGGAUACGAAGCUCGCUCUGACCUGGGCACUCAUUCGACUCUGCCACUUUGCCAGCGCUGUCACCGAUCUCUUAUGCAUCCUUUACCCUUCAUUUCCUGACUCGGAGUGGGGCUGGAACUAUACCCCGGAGGCGCACUGGGAGAGCCUACAACACGCGUCGUCUAGUCUUUCUGCAUGGGAGGCUGAUUUUGUGCACAGAGUAGACAAUGAUGCCGUUUUUCAACGCGAGCCUUCAACUUCUUUCUUCAAGAAACUGACUAAUGUCUAUCACCAGUAA